GGUCGGGACAGUUCAACUGCUUGACACAGACACAGCCCUGAACCGAAGCGGCUUAGACUUGUCUGCCAUUCCUAACAGAUACACCGGCUGACUGACUUGCCCCGUCUUGUUAACUUUACCCUUUGUGGACGGGGAGGUUAAACGAAAUCUAUUUGAUGCGGAAAUUUGCCGACAGUCAUUAUAUAGUCUCUACCUGCUAUAUCGAGGGGCUAAGUUAGCUCACAUUAGCUAAUUGUGUUAGUUUCUGCCCCUGCUGCGUAUCAUAGCAAGGUUGUCAACAUGCAGUGAGUAAUGCAACGAGUGUUGAUAUUAAUAAUGGCCAUCUGGGGUGUGCAAGGAUGCUCCAAUUCAGAGAGCUGUCCGACGCCGCAGCCCAAUUCCACCUCCAAGGACUACUGUUACUCGGCCCGAAUUCGCAGUACAGUGCUCCAGGGCUUGCCUUUUGGUGGGGUGCCUACUGUCCUUGCCCUUGACUUUAUGUGCUUCUUGGUGUUGCUGUUUGUGUUCUCCUUCUUGAGAAAAGUAGCAUGGGACUAUGGUCGCCUGGCCCUGGUGACUGACGCUGACAGCAGAAGAAUGGAUCAACGUUACAGUCGCCUGGAUGAUCGGGAAUACGUGGCCUCUGCCAUGACAUCAGAGACAACAGAACGCUAUGAGCGCCUCACCUCAGUUUCCAGCACUGUGGACAUUGAUCAGAGAGACACAGGCUUCUGUUCCUGGCUAACUGCCAUCUUCCGCAUCAAGGAUGAUGAGAUAAGGGAGAAGUGUGGUGAGGAUGCAGUACAUUACCUGUCCUUUCAGCGCCACAUCAUUGGCCUGCUGGUAGUGGCGGGCGUGUUGUCUGUGGGCAUCAUCUUGCCUGUUAACUUCUCGGGAAACCUACUUGAAAACGAUGCCUAUAGUUUUGGGCGGACCACUAUAGCAAACUUGGAUGCUAAUAAUGCACUACUGUGGCUUCACACCACCUUUGCAUUUCUCUACCUGUUACUGACGGUCUACAGCAUGAGACGGCACACCUCCAAAAUGCACUACAAGGAGGAUGACCUGGUGAAACGCACUUUAUUUGUCAAUGGAAUCUCCAAAUACGCAGAGGAGAUUGAAAUAAAGCAACACUUUGAGAAGGCGUAUGAAAGCUGCACUGUACUGGAAGCUCGUAUCUGUUACGAUGUGGCCAGGCUGAUGUAUCUCAACUCUGAAAGGAAGAAGACAGAGCGCAGCAAGAAAUUCUUUCUUGACCUGCAGGCCAAGGAGCAUAUUGCCACCAUGAUCAACCCAAAGCCCUGUGGACACCUUUGCUGUUGCAUUAUCAAAGGCUGUGAGCAGGAAGAGGCAGUGAGUUACUAUACCAAGCUGGAGGCACAACUAAAAGAUGACUACAGGAAGGAGAGAGAAAGGGUUAACAGAAAGCCCCUAGGAAUGGCCUUUGUCACCUUCCAGAACGAGUCCAUAACUGCCACAAUCUUGAAAGAUUUUAAUGCUUGCAAGUGUCAGGGCUGUUACUGCCGUCGGGAGCCCAAGAGCUCUCAAUUCAGCCCCAAGCUCCACACACAAAAAUGGACUGUCAGCUACGCCCCUGAUCCACAAAAUGUCUACUGGGACCAUCUGUCAGUGGGAGGAUUCUCCUGGUGGCUCCGCUGCUUGAUCAUCAACCUUGUCCUCUUCAUCCUCCUCUUCUUCCUCACCACCCCGGCCAUCAUCAUCUCCACCAUGGACAAGUUCAAUGUUACUAAGCCAGUGGAGUACCUAAAUAAUCCAAUCAUCACCCAGUUCUUCCCCACCCUCCUUCUGUGGUCCUUCUCUGCCUUACUUCCAACCAUUGUGUACUACUCUGCCUUCUUUGAAGCUCACUGGACCCGGUCAGGAGAGAAUAGGACCACAAUGCAUAAAUGCUACACUUUCUUGAUCUUUAUGGUCCUGUUGCUGCCCUCCCUGGGACUCAGCAGUUUGGAUGUUUUCUUCCGCUGGCUUUUUGAUAGAAGAUUCUUAGCAGAUGCUAAAGUGAGAUUUGAGUGUGUGUUCCUUCCUGACAAUGGAGCCUUCUUCGUGAACUAUGUCAUUGCAUCUGCAUUCAUUGGUAAUGCCAUGGACCUGCUGAGGAUCCCUGGUCUACUUAUGUACAUGAUCCGCCUUUGCAUGGCUCGCUCUGCAGCAGAGAGGAGGAAUGUCAAGAGGCACCAAGCGUAUGAGUUCCAGUUUGGAGCAGCUUACGCCUGGAUGAUGUGCGUCUUCACCGUGGUUAUGACCUACAGCAUCACCUGCCCAAUCAUCGUCCCUUUUGGACUGAUGUACAUGCUGCUAAAACACUUAGCAGACCGGUACAACAUGUACUACGCCUAUCUGCCAUCCAAACUGGACAAGAAGAUCCAUUCUGGAGCAGUCAACCAAGUGGUGGCUGCUCCUAUUCUCUGUCUCUUUUGGCUUCUGUUCUUCUCCACUGUUCGCUCGGGGUUUUCAGCCGCAACAUCCAUGUUCACGUUUGUAGUUUUGAUCAUCACAAUCAUUAUCUGCCUUUCUCACGUCUGCUUCGGACAUUUUAAAUAUCUCAGUGCUCACAACUACAAGAUUGACACCCAGGACGUGGACGGGUUGGAGAAUGGGCGUCCAGUGUGCACUGCUGCCACCAGCAAGACGGCGCAAAUGUACAUUGCUGAAGUACUUCAAGACCCAAAUUCAGAGGAGGCUGGUUCAGGCAGUGGCGAGGACGACGGCCAAGGGUCCUCGCAGGACGAGGAAAUAAUCAAUGUUGAAAACGGCCUGAAUGAGGACUUCCAGUCUGGUGAGGACAGCCUCAUUGAUAAUGAAGUGCGGCACUGAUGCUGCCUGGAACAGAAUCCCCCCACCCACCCCCCCAAGUUUAACUUGAGGAGUGUACGGAAUAUGUGAAUUAAUCUAAGAACUGAACCAAUAGUUCUCCAAAGCAUCUCAACCUGAGGCACAUCCCAAAACACUGUACAUGGACUCAUGAAAGAAAGACGCUAAUGCACAAAUGAAGAAUUGUUCGCCUUUUCUUGUAAGGGGAGUGAUAUUCUGUCUGUAUUCCCUUAACAUUAUUGCACUUGAAAGAGAGGACCUGUCCUAUAAGCUCGAGUUUCACUAAGGUACUGUAGUAUGGCAUGCCUUCAAGUUCAAAGGGUGAAGGGAUUUUUCUAUAAUCCUUCAAUAUCUCUUAAUUGUCUGCACUAGAUGCUUCAGCUAAAUAAGCCGCUGGUGGGAGGGGAAGAACAAGGGAGAGGUUUUCCACCCCACCAGAUAGCUUGGUCUGUGCAGAUGUGAUGGUCUCAAAAUAGUUCUUCCAAUUCCAUAAAAGCCUUUAUAAAAAAAUUUAAAAAAAAAGAAAUUCCUACUAACACUCCUGGACGCUUCUACACUGUACAGCUACAAAACUCUGGAUUUGUAAAAUACCUUUUUUGACAUAGUAUUUAUUUGUAGGCAUUGGCUUUUAAAUGCUAUCAAGCAUGAUAUACCCCUAAACUGUGGACACUACAUUGAUAAUGAUUUUAUUGGCGUUCAGUCACUGAGCCUUUAUUGGGACUGCUGUUGGACUGCUGCUACUGACGCUGCCUUCAGUAGCGGGAAAUCCUGGCUGCUGCAGGAGGACUGGAGGCCAGGAGCCUGCUGGUCCUUUUGUGUUGCUCAUCAGAAGGAGAGAAAGGCCUUUUGGGUUUUUUCUGGGUCCGUUUCAAAUGAUACUCAUUGUGACUAGUUCUCUUUAUUUGUUGUUUUCAUUUGUAUCUUUUUGUCCAUAUGUUUACGUCUUGAGGUAGAGAUAAAGAAAUUAGCAUUCAGUUUAGGUGGCUACUGGUUUUACAAAUUGGCUAUCUAGAUCUUAUCACUCAGCUCUCUGUCAGAUCCUCUUCAAUGUUAACUUUUAUGUAGGCAUUUCAUCAUGUAGGUAGCAAAUUGUAAGUUCCAGCAGUCAUUGAACAUGGUUACACUUUCCCAUUUGCCAGUACUCAAUGCCAAGUUGUAGAUGGUUUAACUCAAAUUGCGCAAUUUAGGUUAUAACAUAUGAAAUAUAGGUCUAAGUUGUUCAAGAGAGUUACACCAGUGGAUGAGGUCCAGAUCUAUGCUAUUGAAUACUAACCCCCACUCCUCCCCCCCACUCCUCCCCCUAUUGAUAACAGUAAGUCCUAGCUUUGCAAAACAAUACUACAACAACAGUAAUCGUGAAACAACCAGAUUGAAUGUUUUACAUAUUCCUGAUCUGCCUCAACCAUAUUAAGCAACUUCUUUUCUGGUAUCAGGAAGACAAACAACAACAACACAUACUUACAAAAGUAACAACAAAAGUAACAAAUUACAAUGUGAAACACAGUCAUGACCUAACUCAGGAUUUAUCAAGCUUCUUGUUUCUGUCAUUUAAUUUCUUCCUUAGUCAAGAUAACACUAUGAACUGCCCCAUUAAACAUAAAAGUGUUGGUGAAGCAAGGUGCAAAGUGCUGCAGAAAAAGUACCACUACAGUCUGUCACUUUAGACCAAUCACAAUUGGAUCAUAAUAUGAAAGAUGUAUUUACCCAGCUGCUCAGAGAACCAUUGUGGGAAAUGUGCACUAAUCUUACUUUCACUUAUAUGAUUGACAGAGAAGGGCAUGAUGACGACAACAAUGAACCUAAACUGUUUCCAUAAUUUGUCCAUGGUUAUAUUAUUAUUAUACAAGAGAAUUGUUUGACACCAUUGAGUCUGGUGCUCUUCUCGUCAUGAUAAGGUGAUUUUAUAUUUUUUACCUCUUCAUUUUUAUACCUCUGACAUGUCUUGAAAACUGAAUGUGUUCUGUCAAAAUAACAUGUACUGUCCAGCUCUGCAGGAGAUACUUAAAAAUAUCAUCUUGUCUUACACUAACUUAAAUGCUGAAUGUAGGUUAUUUCCACAACCUUCGGUAAGAUGAAAGUAGCUUAAAGCUGGGGUAGGUAAUUUUAAAGAAACUAGCAAGACGGACAGAUUUUGAAAGCCACUCCCCCAAAAUAAAUUUUUAAGUGCAAUAAGUGCUUAGGCAGAGUUUUUUGUCUGAGCAUUUGAUUUAUUGCUUAUUGUAACAAACAAUGCUUCUGAAAUAAAUUGCCUAGCCCAGUUUUAAGUAAUAAUGUGAUUGCUGUAUUUUAACAGCACCAGAAGGACGGUUCAUUAUAGCUAACCAGAAAUUGUACGUUUUAUACUAUAACAAAACUUAAUGGUGUCCAGCCCAUGUUAUGGCAUUUCAUUGAGUGCAAAUGUACAUUUGUCUGUCUGAUGGUUGCAAUGAUUUCCUGUGGUCUUUUGCUAAUUCCAAAUAGUCUGGGAAUCCUCCAUGAUGAAUCAUUUUAUUUUAGAUUGUCUUCCUUAGAUCUGUAUAGACAGCUGGACACACUGGAAAUAAAUGUUUUGUGUAAACAGCCAAGCACACUUUAAUAGAGGUUCUCAGCUUGCUGCUAGUGUAUUCAGACAUGAGUAGUAAAAUGUCUCUGCAUCUCAAAACUGUGCACACUUAGAUUGUGUUUUUGUGUGCUUUACAUUUUUCUAGGUAGGAAAAGUAACAUUAGCAGAUCGCAGCAUUUGACUGUCUCAUUUUACUUUUCUUUCCGAAGGGCCGUCUGUUCAACAGAUAUAUAUACUGUAUAUAUCUAUACUUUUACCCCCAGCUCUUUGAACAAUAAAUCUGUAUUUAAUCAA